CUAUCAGUGCCAGUCAGUGCUGCCUAUCAGUGCCGCCUAUCAGUGCCAUCAGUGCCUCCUCAUCAGUGCCCCCUAUCAGUGCAGCCUAUCAGUGCCCAUCACUACAGCCUCAUUAGCGCACAUCAGCGAAGGAGAAAAAUCACUUAUUUACAAAAUUUUAUAACAAAAACGUUUUUUUUUUUUUCAAAAUUUUCAGUGGUUUUUGGUUUGUUUAAGAAAAAAAAAAAACCUAGAGGUGAUUAA